GAGCUUCAUAUCUGUCACUUCCACACACUGAAUUGGGUAAGCAGUGAGUGGGAAUGAGUGGAGUCCCCAGUGUUAUAGGUGACAAUGCAGAAAGGGACACCAGGUGAUUUUCUUCCAAGACCCAGCUAGGCACUGAAAUGCUGGGGAAGCUCUGAGAGAUCAGUCUCUUGUUUAAAAUUCCACUUAAGAUGCAUCCUGGCCAGCAAUACCUCACUUGACAUAAUACUGCCAAAAUAAUUUUAAAGUACGUAUUUUUGCUAUUUACUAACUUGUAUCUUAAAACCCAGAAAAAUUACAUUUCUCUGUACUCUUCUAGUUCUAGGUCAAAUGAUUAGUUCUGUGACAAGGCAGCAUGACACUUUGAGUAUGACAGAAGCCCUGAUGCUGCAGGAGAGGCUGGGAAUAUUAAUGGCCAAAUCUAGAGAUCACAUGGUCUUCUAAAGAAGUCAUGGGUAGCUGUUGUAGCUGUCCAGAUAAAGAAACUGUCCCAGAUAACCAUCGAAAUAAGUUUAAGGUUAUUAAUGUCGAUGAUGAUGGUAAUGAACUGGGUUCUGGCAUAAUGGAACUUACAGAUACAGAACUAAUUUUGUACACCCGUAAAAGGGACUCUGUAAAAUGGCACUACCUCUGUCUCCGUCGCUAUGGCUAUGACUCAAAUCUUUUCUCUUUUGAAAGUGGCCGAAGGUGUCAAACUGGACAAGGAAUCUUUGCCUUUAAAUGUGCCCGUGCAGAAGAGCUAUUUAAUAUGUUGCAAGAGAUAAUGCAGAAUAAUAGCAUAAAUGUGGUAGAAGAACCAGUAGUAGAAAGGAAUAAUCAUCAAACUGAGUUGGAAGCUCCAAGAACCCCUCGAACACCUACCACUCCUGGGUUCAAUGCACAAAGUUUACCUAAUGGCUAUCCCAGAUAUCCAUCUUUUGGAGAUGCUUCAUCACAUCCUUCCAGCAGACAUCCUUCUGUCGGAAGUGCACGCCUCCCCUCUGUUGGUGAAGAAUCAACGCAUCCUUUACUUGUAGCAGAGGAGCAAGUGCACACUUACGUCAACACUACUGGGGUACAAGAGGAAAGAAAAAGUCGAUCAAGUGUGCAUGCGCCAUUGGAAUCAAAGCUUUCAAACACUGAAACAGCAAAAGCAAAAGAGGAUCAGAUGUGUACUGAUGACAGAGAUGCUCAGGUUCUCCUGGAGCCUGAAGGAGUCAAGUUUGUUUUAGGACCAACACCUGUUCAAAGACAAUUAAUGGAAAGAGAGAAACUGGAGCAACUUGGGAGAGACCAAGUUAGUGGCAGCAGCACAAACAAUACUGAAUGGGACACUGGGUAUGACAGUGAUGAACGCAGAGAAACGCCAUCUGGUAGUAAAUUGGUGUAUGAAAACAUAAAUAGGUUAUCAAUCCCUAGUGCCUCAGGGGUCAGGAGAGGUCGUUUGACAUCAACCAGUACCUCAGACACCCAGAAUGUUAACAACUCUGCUCAGAGGAGAACUGCGCUGUUGAACUAUGAGAACUUGCCAUCCUUGCCUCCUGUUUGGGAAGCCCGCAAGCUGAGUAGAGAUGAAGAUGACAGUUUAGGACCAAAGACCCCAUCUCUAAAUGGCUACCACAAUAACCUAGAUCCAAUGCAUAAUUAUGUCAAUACAGAGAAUGUAACAGUACCAGCAAGUGCUCAUAAAGUAGAAUUUACACGACGUCGGGACUGUACCCCAACAGUCUUUAACUUUGACAUUAGGCGUCCAAGUUUAGAACACAGGCAGCUCAACUACAUACAGGUUGACUUGGAAGGUGGUAGUGACUCCGACAACCCUCAGACUCCAAAAACCCCCACCACUCCACUUCCGCAAACUCCAACCAGGCGCACAGAGCUGUAUGCUGUGAUAGACAUUGAAAGAACUGCUGCUAUGUCAAGCUUGCAAAAAGCACUGCCCCGAGAUGAUGGUACUUCUAGGAAAACUAGACAUAACAGUACUGACCUGCCUAUGUGAGCCUGGGAAGCAUUAAAUCAUUUGCACCUUUUGUGAAGUUUAUAGAAUUGAAGAUGCAAGUAUUUUGCAUUUCUUAACACUAACGCCUUUUAUAGACUAAUAGAACUUUUUCUGCCUACUUCAUGUACUUGUUUAACUAAAGGGAAUUAAUGUAGAGCAAGUAUUCAUUUAGGUAACACUAUUUCAUUCUACAGUAGUAGUAAUUACUGCAUAGCAGCAUCACCACCUUUCACAGUGCCUCUUUAAAUUGAUUAGACUCCGAGUGACAUGCCAGUUUUGAAUUUAUAAAUAUUCUGGUCUGGUGCCUAUACUCGUUAAUGACAUUUAUAACACUUUUUAAAGCCUCUUUGAUAUGUGCAUUACUAGCAGGUAAACCUAAUCUUUCAAAAUACAUAUCUUGUGUUCAUUCCUCAUUGAAGUGGCUCCUCCAGAAUGAAAUGUAUGUUAAUGCAUUAACUCACUCGGUUUGACGUUCACAAGAUAUAUUGGUUCAUCUCAAAGGGUAUAAACACCACACCUUUUUUGUCUUUUUUUGUUUUUUUUUUUUUUAUUAGACCACAUAGACAAGAAGGCCUCUAAUUCUGAAGUUUUCUUAACUUGUGUGAUAUUUGAGAGGUUACAUCAAAGUUAGUUGAUCAGAGCUAUGAACACAUCUAAACCCAGCCUUAAGCUCCUUCUGCUAGAAGAGAAUUCACAGUGGUAUAUCAAGUUCCCUGUGAAAUCUGACAACUUUAAUCUCAUUAGAGUUUGUUUGGGGUUCUUUGUGAAGGAAUUCACAUAUUUGCUAUAUGAAUUAAGGCUCUCUUGUCAUUUCUUAGUUCAGUGUGCCUUCCUUCCUUUGCAUUUGUGUGUUUCUUUUUUACCUGUUCCAUAAUGUCUUGUUUUUGAAGGUCAACAUUUUGUACAUAGCUUUAAUUAUUGUUCAGGGUCAUUAUGUGUUUGUCUUACUCUCUGCAUUUGACAAAGAAAGACUCUUGAAGGUCAGAUGGUUGUCUUUGUCCAGUGUUCUACGUUUUUAUGCCUGACAGAGAUAUCCCAGUUCUCCAGCAACAUGCAUGAUUGCACAACUGGAAAGGUUUAUUAUGCAGUUAUUGUCUUCCUCUAACGCAUCAGUCACAGGUUACACGGGAGGCAGGGUACUGGACUUGAUAGUUCUUUAUAGAAAAUUGUACAUCCUAGCAGUGUGCAUCCAUAGUUGAUAGUAUAAUUUAGAAAGAUAUGUAGUGAAUUAUCUGAGGGUAGUAUUAUCUACGAGCAUACUUCUUUUCCUUUUGCAGUUGGUGAACUUGGUUUCAGUGAUGGCUGCUUAGUGUAACAGGUACAUCCAGGUAGAAUGUUGUUUGUUGAAUAUGCCAGAUGCACCCUUAGCAGAAGUUCUUUGUUUUGUUGUUUUUCUAAUACUCUGAAUAAUGUUAGAAUUCUGGCAGUAUUGCAGGUGCACCUUGGUACUAGCAGCAGAGGAGAUUAAUCUUGAGCCUGUGAUUGCAAAGGAAAUGACACUUCUGUGAACUGGUGUGAUAUAAAAUAACCCUUAAACUGUGAGUGAGAAAAACAUGCAAGAAAAGCCAUUUGGAGAUAUGUAAAAUAAUUAAGGUUCUUCAUGCAA